AUGGCUUCAAAAAGCCGAAAAUCCUCGAAUGUAUCUAAGCCUGGAAAAAUAGAUCCACCGUCUAGAACAAGGAGUGGGAAGCGCGGAAUUGCUCAGUCUUCCAAGGAUCUAGAGGACGAGGGGCCUCAGAAUGAAGAGGAUUUAAUUUACGGCGACUCAAAAGCUUUGCAUCGAAAUAACAAAAGCGUGGACAGAAGAUCAGCGAAUACGACAGAAGAGGGGGAUGAGAGCGACACUGAACUGUUAUCCAGACGAAACCGACGGAUCGAUCUGCCAAGGUACAUCUGGAACGGCGAUCUAAGGUUUUCUUGUUAUUCGGAGCUUAUGAUGUUCCAUUUUCGAGACUUGGACAAGUAAGAAUCGAUUUUAUCUUUUAUUUUUCUUCGUUUUUAGGCACUUACCAGUUUUUCGGAAAUACGCUGAUAACAAUGAAGUUGUUGUGGUAUUCCGAAGCCUGCCUAAUCUGGAUAAUUUUAUGAAAUCGUUGAUUCCAAAUCCGGAGAACAGUAAAAUCGCAGUGCCGUUCUUUCGAACCAUCGAAAGGUUUCUGCGAUAUGAGUCGUCGAAGAAUGUUGUGGAUGUGUUGUGUGGGUUCAUGCGACUGAACGCAACGUUUACCGCGAUUUAUUUUGUGAAUAGGCCGUACGAUUUGUUCCAUGUGAGAAUGGCUCGGAUGCAUCUGUCGGUCGAUAGGGUAAGACUGGCUUCUUAACUGGGGUUAACCUCCACAUUAUUUUCCCGUCAGUCGGGAAAAUAAUGUGGAUUCCUCGCGCUUUGAAAUUGUCCCAUUAGCGACGGUGGAGAUUUGAUUUCAAUCCACAUUAUUUUCUCGACAAAUUGUUACCUGUCCUCUUUAAUUAUUGUAGCUACGGGGAAGCUAGAGCCACGUGAUGAUCAAAUUAAAGCUGUGAUAUCUAGCAGCCUUUUCUAUAAUUUUGAAAAUGAUUUUUGCGAGAUCCUUCCAAUUGUGAUACUAAACGAGCCGCUACUUCCUACGUUUUUAUUGUCAUCUUGUUAAUUUCGUUUUACGCUGCAGGUAGAAAACUCAAAUUUAUGUUAUUUUAUAGAACAGAGCGCAAAGAUUCUUUGAGAUCAGGCCUGAUUUGUUGACUGAUGCAUUCGAGGCAUCGGUGGAGUGGGCUGACGUUCAAGCAUGGGCGGUUGAUGAAAUCCACGAUUUGAGGACACGGUUGAGCUGGAUUAGUUACAAACAUGGCAUAGAAUUGGUAGGGUAACAACUGUGAGCUUGCCAUUCAUUCAACUCCUCAUUUUAGGACAGCCGCUUCGAGGAGUUCGUCCGCCGAUUUAUAAUGAUUUUGUCACCCAAAUUCGAGGUUCAAAGCCUCCGCGCUCGCGCAUUUUUGACAAUCAUGGAAGUGUUCAUCAAAACAAAUCCUAUUCCAUAUUCGGUGGAGACCGUGACGCAUUUAAUGCUGAUCUGCGCAACAUUCUCUCGCGCCAUUCCUGAGCAUUAUUCGGAAUCGUUGAGGAAAGAAGAGAUCCAAUUGCGGGUCUUCCUCCGCUUAACAGCAUAUUUUACGGAGAUCCGAAAUAGUUUGGACGAACUGAAACAUCCGAUACGAGAGCCGGCUCAGCAGUCGAUUGACAAGACGUUGAAGGCGCUUUCGGCACGCUAA